UUUCUAACGUUAAGCUUUACUUUUGUAAAUUUCUCMUUCAGGAAUCGUACGGUGGCAUUUUUGUAUAUUUCAUUGUUAGCAAGGCAAUCUAUUACUCAACUAGUUUAGGCCAGAUGAGGUGGAUGUCAGAUGAACAACCGUUUUCUCUUCACAGAACAACUGCACUGUGAAAAAUGGCGGACACUAACCAACAAAACCCUCCUCCUCAGCUGGGGCCUGUGCAAUUUUUAAUGAGCAACAAGCUGGAAACGGCAAUGUGGCUAUCACGUCUUUUCACUGUCUACUGCUCUGUCAUGUUUAUUCUACCAAUCUUGGGACCACAUGCAGCAGCUAACUUCUAUCAGAGAGCCUUGUUAGCCAAUGCACUGACCAGUGCACUUCGCCUGCAUCAGAGGCUUCCACGCUUUCAGCUGAGCAGAGCUUUCUUGGCCCAGGCUCUGCAAGAAGACAGCUGUCACUACCUGCUCUACUCUCUGAUCCUGGUCAACUCCUACCCCAUCACAAUGAGCAUCUUCCCAGUUUUCCUGUUCUCCUUGCUUCACGCGACUACGUACACAAAGAAAGUUCUUGACUCUGUGGGCCCCAACAGCUUGAUGUUUGUGAGGAACCUCCUGGACCGGAUAACAACCAAUCAGCAGAACAUCCUAAAGUUUAUCGCUUGUAAUGAGAUCUUCUUAAUGCCCGCYACUGUUUUCAUGCUCUUCAGUGGCCAGGGAAGCUUGUUGCUGCCUUUUAUUUACUACAGAUUCCUUACUCUCCGUUACACAUCCAGGAGAAACCCAUACUGCCGCACCUUGUUCUAUGAAUUAAGAAUUCUUCUGGAGCACUUCAUCAUGAAGCCUGCCUGUCCUGUGUUUUUGAGGAGGAUGUGCCUCAGCAGUAUCGCCUUCAUCAGCCGCCUCGCCCCCACAGGGGUCUGAUUACUCUAAGAAUUUAUUUUCUUUUGUUUCCUUUUUUUACUUUUUAAGCCAAUUAUGAUGUGACUUAAGACUAUGAAGAGGACAGAUAUUGCCAUGGAUUGAAGAAACCUUCUUUUGAAUGUCAACUUUACAGUCUGAGCUUCAUUUUUGUUCCUGUAUAUUUUGAAGACAAACUGGUAAAGCGCUGAAGUCUCGUAGUGAUAUUUUUUGUUUUUACUGUGACCCACUUGGAACAGUGGGCAUCCUUUCACAUCAUGUUCACUGAAUGGAGCACUGCAGAUAUAAGCUGCUCUGUAACGACAGUUUUUAUUUCUUUUAUGUCAAUAUUUAUUAAUGAAAAUGUUUAUUCUAUAAUAAAUCCACAACAUUUUGAGAUUAUUAAUUUAAUAAAAAUGUGCUAAUACAUGAAUAUGCUUAUUUUUAAAUGCGUAGUUUUGUUUGCAGCGUCUUCUUAUUUGUAUGAAUGCCUAACUUUCAGUGUUUUAUAUCUAUGCCACCUCUAGCUCUUUAAACAUCAUACCUAAUAUGUAGCUAUGUUUUCAAAUGGAUGUUAAACUGAAAAAUAACUGCUGUAUGUAAAGGUACCAGACAUUUUGUUGUAGAAUUCACAUUUGAAAUUAGUAUUUUAAAGCAUGUCAUGUCAUCCCUUUGAAUACUUCAUGGCGUUGUUUAAGGCAGCUUUGAUUGUUUUCCAAUCAUCUUGUGAUGCCUGUUUUGAUUUUGUCUCCACCACGUCUAAAAUGCUUGUUUGCCUAUAGAAACGCCAUGUUUUUAUGAGGAAAAUAAAGUUCUCUUUAAAAAAAAAA